AAGAACUUCAAAGUCAAAAAUUUAACAAUAAUGGAUCGUACAAUGUAACAUCAAACAGUAAAAACUUUCAUGGGGAGUGGGAUUGUCGACUUUCUCUUCCAACGGAAUACAUUCUCUUCAUCUCCUCUUCUCCUCCAGUUAUCCCCAAAAUUUCGAAAUUCCUAAAUUUUCUAUCCGACUAUCAUCUGAUGCUUCAGAAACCCUUAAAAAUUCAAUAUUUAUUAUAAAUUUUAUAAUUAUUGUAGUUUGUUCUUAUUCUAUGCGAAAAAGAUGAAGAAGUUUUGGUUAAUUCAUAUACUAUGGCUUAUUGCAUUCUUCUUCCUUUCCAUUUUCAAGUCCUCAAAUUCUGAGUCUUUACCCCCUAUUUCUUCUUCUUCCUUGGCUAAAAGACACCCUCAACUUCCUUCUUCCGAUCUUCCUACAAACAAACGUGAAACUGCACUUGUGGCUACUCUGGAUGGCACUUUAUCUUUAGUGGAGGUCGAUUCACUUAAGAUCUUGUGGUCAGUCAAAACUGGUCUUCCUAUAUAUUCUUCCUAUCAAGCUUCACGAAAUCUUGAUCUCGAUCUUGAAAAUGCUCCUCGGCAUGGAGAUGAUACAUAUGUUGAUUGCGGGGAUGAUUGGAUCCUAUAUAGACAUGAUCGAGCGAAAGGAAUUAUGGAGAGGCUCAAGAGUGCCAAAGAUCUGAUUAAGGAGACAAAAGGAUUGUCUAAAAAUGGAACUGCUGUAAUAGGUCAAAUGGCUACUACAGUCUUUGUAAUUAACGCCAAGACUGGGAAAAUAAUUCGUACUGUGAAAUUUUCUCAUUCUUCUGGUCUGGGGUUUGAUGAUGGAGGAAAUCCUGUUAUAGUUAGAGAUGAUAGUGAAGAGCAAAUUUCUAUUACGAGAACGGAUUAUUCAUUUCUGGCAUACUCAAAACUAUCUGGCAAAGUUUUAUGGAAUGUCUCACUUUCUGAAUUUGAGGCCGAGUCGUUCUGCCCAAAGGUGGACAGCUCCAUCAUGGAUAAUUUGCAGGAUCAACUAAGUUCUGUGUAUAAAGGCAGAUCUCAAACAUGUGAACCUUGUCUUAGACGUAAUAUUGUUUAUCGGAUCCGUGAUCGUGCAUAUACAGAGUUAGUUUCUGAGGUUGCAGUGAUUAACGAAAAGCCCAGAUUGCUUCCAGGGGACAGCAUGCUUCCACUUCCUGGUCCUGAUCGUUUCCCAUUUCCCAUGCUAUUUGGUGAAGUACCUGGUGCUCAUAAUGAUUUAAAUCAGGUAUUGGCUCUACCAUCUUCUGAGAGCCCAGAUUCUUUUCCUCACUCAGCAAUGCUGGCUUUGCCUUCUUCUGGUCACCAUAGUGGAUCCACUAUGUAUCCUGAUUCAACAAUAGGAAAAUUUUCCUGGUCUCCAAUUGUAUCUGGUCUUCUACUUCUGAUAGGGGUUGGAUUUUCUGUCUAUCGUAGUGUUUUUGGCCGAGACUCCAAGGAGCAUGAGGAUUUGAAGGCAAAAUCUACUACACCAAAGAAAAAGAAACCUCGAAAAUCUGGAAUGAGCAAAAAUACUGCUGUUUAUGAUAAUAACAAGAGUACAAUAUCUAAAGCAGAUUAUGACUUGUUGGAUGGAGAUUUGCCCGAUAAGAAGCCAGAGUCAUCUUUCGCUAGUUUAGUUAAUGAUCAGUGGGGUGGACGUAAGAUUGGCAAACUAUAUGUUACAAAUUUUGAGAUCGCAAAAGGAAGCAAUGGAACUGUUGUACUUGAGGGUACUUAUGACGGUCGUUCUGUUGCUGUUAAACGUCUUGUACGUACUCAUCAUGACGUGGCACUGAAAGAAAUCAAGAAUCUAGUGGCUUCUGAUCAACAUCCUAAUAUUGUCAGAUUUUAUGGAGUGGAGUUUGAUACAGACUUUGUUUAUUUGUCUCUGGAGCGCUGCCUUUGUAGUUUAAAUGACUUGAUUUAUAUUUCUUCUCAAUCUUCACAAAAAGCAGCAAGGACAAAGGAUGGAGAUAUCAGUUCUAUGACUGGGUACACUGCACAAAUUUUAGGAAAGAUAGACACUGAGAAAGACUUGGACUUGUGGAAGACUAAUGGAUACCCUUCACCUCAGCUGUUAAAAGUGAUGAGAGAUAUUGUUUCAGGGGUUGCGCAUCUUCAUGAACUCAGCUUUAUACAUCGAGAUCUAAAGCCUCAAAAUGUUUUGAUAAUCAAGGACAAAGUUUUCUGUGCUAAACUUUCAGAUAUGGGCAUCAGCAAGCGCCUUGUUGGAGACAUGUCUUUCUUAACACAGCAUGCUACUGGGGCUGGGAGUUCAGGUUGGCGAGCGCCCGAGCAAAUUCUCAAUGGUCGCCAAACGCGUGCAGUAGAUCUUUUUAGUCUGGGCUGUGUUCUCUUCUUUUGUAUGACUGGAGGUAAACAUCCAUUUGGUGACAUUUUUGAGCGAGAUGCCAAUAUUGUGAAGAAUCAAAAGGACCUAUUCUUAAUCGAGCAUGUUCCAGAAGCUGUGGAUCUUAUCACACACCUUUUAGAUCCAAAUCCGGAGUGGAGGCCAAAAGCUGCAGAGGUAUUGCAUCAUCCGUUAUUUUGGAACUCUGAGAAGCGGCUCUCAUUUCUUCGAGAUGCCAGUGAUCGUGUAGAACUAGAAGAUAGGGAGGUCGAUUCUGAACUCCUCGAAGCACUGGAAGCAACCGCACCAGUGGCUCUGGGAGGGAAAUGGGAUGACAAACUUGAAAAUUCGUUUCUUACCAACAUUACCCGCUACAGAAGAUACAAGUACGAUAGUGUUCGUGACCUGCUUCGUGUUGUACGUAACAAGUUAAAUCAUUAUCGAGAACUCCCAACUGACAUUCAGGAAGUAUUAGGGUCAGUUCCUGAAGGAUUUGAUAACUACUUUACGGCUCGAUUCCCAAAUCUUCUAAUUGAGGUUUACAGGGUAAUAUAUGAUUACUGCUGGGAGGAGGAGCUGCUUGGCAAGUAUUACCAAAACAGUUUGUUGUAAUUCAUUUCAAUUACAGCUUACUACCCCUCUAACUUGAAUCCUUCAUGUACAGCAUCUAUACCUGCUUCCUUAUCUUUUGUAUAUUGUAAUAUGGUCUUGUUUAUAAAUGUGUUGUGAAAUUAACUGACUACUUUAUGAAGAUUCUGGUUUACUAAUCCCUUA